AUGACCAGUGAUGGUGGUAUACAGGAAGGUCUCCGUCAGAAAUGGAGGCAAAAGAAAAGAGACCCAAAAACAUUGAAAAGAGUGCAAGCGUGUGUUUGGGUGUUCUGUUUGAUUAUCGCGAUUCUUUAUGCACUUUCCGAAAUUUGGAUUGUAGUGACUGAAAGACCAGUGGUGAAAAUCAAACGUGCUUUGAAAAAUCAUAUACCGAUGCCAAAUUUGGACAUCGCUUUCAAUUACCGAUUUAAUGUCACGUGUAAUUUUAAAUAUAUGAAUGGCAGCUUGUCAAAUGAACCUUGUAGUUCCUACAUCAAGCAACCACUAGAAAAAGACAACUAUGGGAAAUACCAUGCGCGCAUGAUCACAUAUAAUUUUUCGACCCCCGAUGUGCCACCAUUGAAUUAUAGUCUAAAAGAACAAAGAUAUGCUGCUCAAUUCACCAUAGUUUUAGAUGAUUCCUCUUAUAAUGCCACAAAUGAUUUAGGAAUGUUUGUAAAUGCUAUCGAUACAGAAUUCGAUCCUUAUACAUUACCGGACAAUACACGCGAAACUAUUGAAAAGUUGGAUCCAGACUUCUUUUCCUAUCUCAAUAGUUCUAACAAGAAUAUCAUUGGAACUUAUGCGGAAAACUUUAUGUUUAUUAAGCGAAAAAUAUCAAACCGCGUAAAUCCAUCAUGGAUCAGUUAUACGGGAUUCCCUGCGAAACAUUUUUCUUUCCCUUACAUUGAAACGUCAUUUGAAACCGCUUCUGUUCCUGCCAUCAGUAGUCUUGCGGCUAAUUCCUCAUUUUAUAUCGGAAGUGUGUACGGCAAUCUGUUAGUUGGAACAUCGGAUUGGGUGGUCGAGGAGAGAAAGGAACAUCGGAAAACCACCAAACGACACGUCACCAAUGAAUACGGAAGGUGGCCAACACCAUUUAUUAACAAAGCUGACCCAAAUCAGGAGAUUAUUGAUCGAAUCAAUAAUUUCGAAAGGUUCAUGAGAGCAUAUCUUGUCAAAACUGAUUAUAUACGUAGUAGAAAAGAAAUCGACGAAGAGGGAGCUUUAUUGCAAAGAAACAAUAGCACUGAAGGUGAUAGUCCUACAUCUUCAACCAGAUCUGUAAAUUCUGGACAACAACCAAUGCAACCUAUUGAUGAUCAAAUGCACGCGAUACCAUCUCAAACUCAGCAAAAAGUUCAGAAAGCUAAAACAAUGGAUAAUACAAGUGCACCAAAUCCAUUUGCUGAUCCAAUGAGUGGAGGUGCGACUCAAUAUGGCAAAGCUGAUUCAAAAGACUCGUCAUCUGGAAAAAUAAAAAGACCAGUUGAAGGUAAUAAUCCGGGUGAUGCAGUUCCUUCAUCCGGUAAACUUGUCAAUUUUAUCCCAGGUGCUGCUCGUUUCGGAUUAAAUAAAGCCAAGCAACGAGAUUCCACAUCACCUACGCCAUCCAAUAAUCCUAAUGAAACUGCAAAUCAGUCGCCAAUUUCUGCCAAUGAUACACCGAUAGCAAAUAUUCCUUCAUCGGAUAAUACAAGUAACAUUAAAAAACCAACCAUGAGUGAAGCUAAGAAACCUGCAGCUGCGCUUGGUGCUGUUGCUGGAUUUUGGGGACUUAAAAAUAUAACUAAAAAGAAAGCUUCCGAAACUGCAAAUGAUAAUGCAAGCAAAAUUGAGAAACCAGUAGAUGAUGAUAACCUUGUUGUAAUUCCAAGUCCAAGUCCUGGUCAUUUUGCUGCUAAAAAAACCGAUAAGACUGGUCGUAGUAAACAGCAUGCACCUAUUCCCGGUAAGGCGACGAGCGGUGAAAAAUUGGAUAAUGUAUCAAAGAAAGAAACGACGACUAAUAGCACUACUAUCGGUGGUACUCAUGACCUUAAAUUGGGAUCCUUCGAUACUGAUGUGUUGACUAGUAUUACAGCAUUGACUAUGAACGAAGAAAGAAAGCAAUCAGUGUCAUCUCAGACUUCAAGUGUUAUUCGAGGAGAAAAAUACCCGGAUCGUGAUCUUAUUGAAAAACACGAAAAGUUUGCAUCUAAUGCGGAAAUUUUCUUUAAAGAAUCAGAAUCAAAACGCUCUUCACAAUCUACAACAAAAGGAUCUGGAGAAAAGACGUCAACAGUUUUGGAUCAAACAAUUGUUACUAUUAUAUCUGAAGAAACACCACGUAAUUCUUUGUUUUUGGACGCUCAAACAGCAGCCAAUGCUGAACUAUAUUUAGAGCAACAAGCAUCGACUGAUCAAUUAAAUGUUAGCACUUCCUCCUCAUCGAAUCUUCUCGGUAGUAUUAAACGAGAUAUCGAAGUAAUAUCGAUAAAAUCAACCAAUUCGCAUAUUACAGAAGUGGUAACGGUUACUAACGAAAACAUGGAAACUGGAGGUGCUGCACAAUACGCCGAACAAAUAAUGAAAAGCUACAGGGACCAUCCAACUAUACGUGAUAGUACAAUGACAGCAUUCUCGCAAACUUCUACCCAAGCAGAUUCAAUGCAAACUAGUUCCUCUCGACCUUUAAGUGAACUCACUUCCCCAGAUUUCCGAGACAGUAUCCUUACAACUAUAUCAAAUGACACCAUAACAACAGUAACAGCCAGCUCACAGCCUAAAAUAGAAGUCGUGAAAUAUAUCGACCAAGAUGGUAAUGAAGUUGAUCCGGCUGAAUUCGGUGAUGAUUCGGAAUUUGAGAUUUUAGGUGAAGAGACGACGGUUGAACUUAUCGAACAAAAAGUCGCUUCCGAUUCUGAGAACGAAGAAUGGUCCACUCCAAGAGCACAUUAA